AUGGCCUCUCCUAUUAAGACAAAGAACCAAAUUGAUGGUGCCCCAACCCCCCAGAACACCCCAGCGAGUAUCUUGAAGGACUCUUAUUUGAAAAAUGGCAACCCGCUGUUGGACGCAGAGCAGCAGCAAUCGAUCCGUGUGCCCCCCACCAUCAACGAAGAAGAAAUCAACGCUGCUUUGGCCAAGAAUCCGCAGCUACUUGCCACAAUCCAGGGUAAAUUGGGGUCUCUGUUAGGGCAGGACUCCGGUUACAUAUCUUCUUUGCCCAAACGUGUCAAGGAGAGAAUCUUUGCUCUGAAAAAACUGCAGCAGGACAUAUUCCAGCUGGAAAAACAAUUCCAGCUGGAAAUGUUCGAGCUGGAACACAAGUACCUGCAGAAAUAUGCUCCUUUGCACGACCGCCGUGCUGCCUUAGUCAAGGGUACCUCCGAACCCACCGCCGCUGAAAUCGAAAUUGGCAAGGAAAUCGAUGCCGAAAACGAACGAUCUGUCUUCUCCCAGGGAGAAGAAGCGGAGGACAACGACUACAACGACAACGAACACGACGAAGAGACCGACCAGAAGGGCAUCCCGUCGUUCUGGCUGACCACCCUGGAAAACCUGCCAAUGAUAUCCCAGACGAUUACCGACCGAGAUGCAGAAGUCUUGGACUACCUGACCAACGUCUCCAUGGAGUAUCUAACCGAGGGGAAACCCGGCUUCAAACUGCUCUUCGAAUUCGAAAAGAACCCUUUCUUCUCCGACAACGUCCUCACUAAAACCUACUACUACCAGCCCGAACUGGGCUACUCGGGCGACUUCAUCUACGACCACGCGGAGGGCACCCAGAUCAACUGGGCUUCCACCGACCUGAACGUCACCGUGCUUGUGGAAAAACGCAAACAGCGCAACAAAACCACCAAGCAGGUCCGCACAAUCGAAAAAAUAACCCCCAUAGAAUCCUUCUUCAACUUCUUCGACCCACCCUCCGUGCCUGCCGCCGAGGACAAGCCCUCCGACACAGCCGCCGACCUCGAGGAAGACGGGGAAGAUGAGGAUGAGGUCUCCGAACUGGAGUCCCGUCUGGCCCUGGACUACGCAAUCGGCGAGGAAAUCAAAGACAAGCUGAUCCCAAGAGCGGUGGACUGGUUCACAGGCAUAGCCCGCGAGUUCGACUACGACGACGACGACGAAGACGAAGACGACUACGACGAUGACGACUACGACGAUGAAGAUGACAAUGAGCCCAUCGAAGAAGAAGACGAAGAACAACACAACCACGCCGCCGAAGACUCUGAAGAAGACGACUUCGCCAAAACCGUAAAAGAUGAGCAGCCCUCAGAAUGCAAACAAUCCUAG